UCUGCUCUCAGUUUGUUUUAUUUUCUCGACUCUUACAAUGAUAGACAUACGUGUCCAGAUUUGUCUACUUUCUGUGUUGAGCAUUGUGAUAAAGACAAAGACUAUCAGUGUAACGGGACGUGUUGGGUCAAACGUGACCUUUCAAUGUUCAGACUGGAAAACUCGGUUUGACAUAACAUCACAUGAUAAGUACCUUUGUGAAAAUACAUGCAAAUAUGGCAAAGACGUCAUCCUCACAGCAGCAUUUAAGAAGACAGCACAGAAAAACAGAAUACAGAUUUCUAACAAAGGAGAAAGUUUAUUUGUGACUUUUACUGAUCUCAAGAUGUCAGACUCCAAAACAUAUUACUGUGGAGUUUCUUGGACUGUCCUCCGUGAUGAUUACAUAAAAGUGAAUCUCACCGUUAUACGAGCUGUGCAGAAACCUGCUGAAACAGUCUCUGUCGGCUCCACUGUGUCUCCUGCUGUCAUCAACUCCUCCAACAUGUCCCAAAGUGACUUGGGUGAUGCUAACACCUUCUUUGUCACUUCCUCUACCCUUUGCAUUACCACAGAGAGACCAGAAACACAAGGAGCAGGGAUGAUACCAUAUUUGACUGUUGGUUUGAUUUUUGCAAUAACCACACUGAUGCUUCUGCUGACGUUUAUGAGAACUGUGAUGAGAAAGAAAAAAGCUGACCUCGACCUUACUCACCAACCACAAGUAGAUGCACAAACCGGUGCUGAAUACUGUGAAAUCAGACUUGAGGAUCAACAAACUGAGUGCCAGUCUGCAGCCCACUUCUCCACCAACUCCAACCCCAACAGUCUCUAUGCAAAUUACUCUCAUCUGCGAGAUCCUGAAUUAGAAGCCGACUGUAAAAACAAACAUGAUUCCUCAAUUUCAUCACGUCCCUCUAAAGUCAGGAGAAAAGGUUCUUGUGCAGAGAGCAGAGCAACAAAUCUUGACAUGAUCUAUUGUGUUCCUCAGUUUCCCCGGGACGCAGAGCAACAUGAAAUAAGUCCAACAGGAAACCGUGGAAAUGAUUGUGUCUACAGUCUGGUUCAGUUCUCACAGACAGCAUGAAUGUUUGAAAUAGACAAAGUUAAGGUUUCAUCAUAUUUUAAUGUAAAUAAGAAUAAAAUGGAUGCACGUCAGAAGGAGCGAUGAGCACCCAAAAUUGUUUAAUUGUCUGCAGCAAAACAUCCAAUCAUCUGACAGAACCAUGUCUGGAGAGCAGUUUUUGGAAGGUCCACCAAUCAAUUUUAAAACAACCUCACUUACUGUGAAUAGCUGAUUUAUACAUUUCAGCAGUCUCAAUGUGCUCUCCAGAUCAGACAACAACGGAGGCCACCAUCGCUCAGCAUGCUCAUGUCAUGAUCAUUAUAUCGGUAAUUGUUACGUCCCUAUUUCUAUUACUUAUUUGCACAAGUGCUUUCUUUUUUUUUAUGUUUUAGUAUACAUAUCUUCAUCUUGUCAAAAUCCAUAUUGGAAAACAACUGUCUGUGUUUUCAGGGAAUUAGCUAUUCACACGCCUGUCAUUUUCUUUUCAUUUCCAGUUAUGCCUCAUUUUAAAGAAGUAACUUAAAGAAAUGAAAAGAUUUUUCUGCUGUUGACUUGUAUUCUAUUUCUAUCCUGUUAUAUGAAAUGUAUCCUUUUUUUGCUUUUUUA